UAUUUUGAUCGCUUAUAUCCUCGUAAGUGAUGCAAAAUGAAUGCCAACUGCAUAAUAAAUCUUUUAUACUUCAGGCUGUGGAUACGUCCAUUAUGGAAAUGAUAAAAGUAUACGUUGUUUUGGAGGCACUGGGACAAUGGAACCAAACAUUUGGGGUGGUGAUCCAACUAUAUACACACUAAACUUAGAAUUCACGACUCCUACAUCUAUCGAUACCAUAUCAAACAGUUGGCAGGAUGCACGUUCUAGCAAUGCUUUUGACCCUGAGCUAAGAGGGUUCUGUCAAAUCGCAACAUUACCAAACGGCUAUCAAAUUAUUCUUCAAGGCGGCAAUGGUUUAAAUAUGAUGAAUGACACGAUUCUAUUUGAUGUAUCUCAAAAAACCUGGCAAGGACUGACACCUUAUAUUCCGUCGAACGGUACAAAAAUCUGGGGAGGAACUGCUACAAAUCUACCUUCAGCUACUAUGGAUACUAUUGGUUUCUUUGGAGGCACAACAGGCGUUUUCUUAGCUGAUGCAGCUUCAGCACCUAAGGUCACAGGAUCUCCAGGAUUUACAAAUCUAACCGUUUUCAAUACGACAUCCAAGACUUGGAGUUACUUUAGUCCUCAAAACAAUGUGCCUAGUGCACUUCCAAUCUUUCAUACAGCAGCCCUUGAUCCCAAGUCAGGCAUUAUAUAUUAUCUUGGUGGUGAAAUAAUUGGUGCUAUACAACCGUCUAUUUCCCAAUUAUCAUGGGGAUACACAUUUAAUACAGCAAAUGGAAAUUGGAAUAUUCGCAACUACACUGCGCCAGAAGACAAAUUCCCUUCAGGCAGAGUGUAUCAUACUAGCACAAUGGCUCCUAACUCUCAGCAUAUUAUCUUAUUUGGCGGGGCAAAUUCUGCAAAUAGAGCUGUUUCUGACUACCUUUUUACACUCAACAUUGAAACAAAUACAUGGAAUCAAGUUACAUUGAGUAGUGCUUUAUCUUUACCGCGAUUUGGACAUUCAGGUACGUUUUGUUAUGUAUGGUCCCUGUUGAUAAACUUUGUUUUACUAUAGCUGUACUUGUAAAUAACACCCUCUUUAUAUUAUCUGGUGAGAUUACUGAGGGCCUAGCAACAAGCAUUCUUGCAAUAGACGUUACCGAUGUAUCAAAUAUGCAACUAGCAUCAAGUUAUCCUUAUACUCUUGCGACGACAAACCCUACUAGUGCAUCAAAUACCACAGGCACGACAAAUAGUACUGGUACUACGAAUGGUACAACUCCUCCACCAUCUCCCUCUCUGUCUCCUGGGGCAAAAGCUGGUAUUGCGAUUGGUGUCAUCAUUGGC